AUGACUGUAGAAUCAGUGGAAGCCAUAGAUAACGUUAAAGGAAAAGGAGAGCGUGACGUCACAGACCUCACCCUCCUCCCCGGGUCACACAGCUUUCCCUUCGCUUUUCAACUUCCACAACAACCCAUCCCCUCCCCAUUUGAGACGAGGUUUGGGCAUGUGCGGUACACAGCGACGGCCACCGUGUCCCUCAGGCGAUCCCUGGGUAACAAGGUGUACAACACAGUAGUCGUGUUCAACAUGGCCGGGCCAACCGUGGAUCUGAACCAAAUGGCCGGCGUGGAGUUAGGGGUACAGCGGACUUUCGAGCACCGUGACUUUCUUGGCUUGACCGGACGUCAGACGGAAGUCACGAUUGGUCUACCCAAACAAGGUUAUGUACCCGGCGAACGAAUUUACGUCACUGGUCAUGUGGACAACUCCAGUGGCCAAAAGCAGACGAGGACUUUUGAGGCACGUCUAGUUGAGAGAAUCACAUACAUCCGCAGUUACGGCACGUACUUCCAAAAAGCAAAUUUGGCGAUAGCAUCUUCGAGGGUCAAGCUUAGGAAGGGUGAGAAGACAGAUUUUAGCAUUGGGCCACUGCUGAUUCCUCCCGUGCCAUCCACGGGACUGCCUGGCUGCAAUCUGAUAGAUAUUGAAUACUACGUCAAGGUUCGAGACUGCAAAGCGAGCCACACGGUGAAACACCCGGUAACUGUUGGAACUGUGCCUCUCCGUGAACCUAGCCUCCAUUCCGGCGGUGAACCGCCACAUGACGGCCAAACAAAACAAGCCACUGGGCAAGCCUCUCCCAGUCGUCACUUUGCAGCGACUGCAGCACCUGUCCAAGACUACAUGAUGACCUUUGAAGAAGGAAUGAAGUUUGAAGUAGUCGACGAUAUAGUACAGGGCCGGUCCGCUCCACUCUACAAUUACUUCCACAUGCCGGACAAGCCGCCUGAUACUUCAGCAGUCAAAGUUUAA